GUGCAACACACUAAGAGUUGGAUCGAGCUGACGGUAGCAGCGAGGCUUUGAAAAAUUCUCUCGCUGUUACUUCCCACCCCGCCGGGCCGAGGCUCAAUCCGAGCGCCCACUGAGCGUGCGCCUGUCCGGGCAUUGGACUGAAUAAAACGAACUGCGCGAAGCGCAUUUCAUUCAUUCUUCCAUCGGACACGGAGCGUGCAACACACUAAGAGUUGGAUCAAGCUGACGGUAGCAGCGAGGUUUUGAAAAUUCUCUCGCUGUUACUUCCCACCCCGCCGGGCCGAGGCUCACACCCAGAGCGCCAUUUCCUCGAUUCGUGAGUUUUCUUGCGACAGUCAUCCGACCCAGUUGAUAGCUGGGCAAACGAUCAGAAUGGACUCGUCAGAUGUCGGUCGCGACAGUGGCGCAACAUUCAACGGACCGCUGGCUCCCACAAAAACGCCCUCGAAAAAGUCCCUUCUAAAGGAACUGAGCGAGGUUCUCAAAAAGAACAACGCACUCCGCGAGCAAGUGGCAAGUUUGUCAGGCUUUGGCAGUGACUGGAUUCCGGCGUCGUCUAGCACGGGCCACUCUGAUGGACCACUUCUUUCGGCGAUGAGCAAUUGGUCACUUGGUGCACUGAACAUACCGGAAUGCGUACCAUCGGAAGGGCAAACUGAAAUUGACAAACAAGCAUUCGAAUACUGGAAGGACAUGCUUGUUUCGUCGCUUCAGCUGGCCAACGCUACAGAUGAAAGGAUGAAAUACGGAGUGUUCAAGAUCAAGUCUGGCCCCAAGCUCCGGGAAAUCUUGAGCACGACAUCUUCUACACCAGAGAUGCCGGAUGAGCAAACUUCCCCAUUCUCGAACGCAUUGGCUCGACUUGACGGAUACUAUGGAUCCAGGGCAUACACACUAACGCAACGAGGAAAGCUUAUGAUGAUGCUGCAAGGAGCUACGGAAAACAGCAUUGCAUUUGUGCGGCGCGUGACCUGUGCUGCGAAGCUGUGUGGUUAUGGACCGGAUGAAGAGAUGGAGGCGGUAGUGAGAGUUAUCACACAAAGGGCUAACGAUGCUAGAGUUCGGACACUGGCCAAUCGGAAUUGGCUGAAGCAAGGUACCAUGAAGGACCUCAUCGAUCUGAUCCAGGACCAUGAGAUUGAAAAAUCAAGCGAAGAAGAGUUUCUAAGGAGGCAAAGGCUGAGAGAUUCGCCAUUGGUUGCGGCGGUGUCUCACAGCAAUGAGGAAUAUCGUAACCAACGAACAGCUUUCAGUUCGUACGGAAGAGGCAGAGGAUUCCCGAACCGUGGUGGUGGAAGAGGAGGACGAGGAUUUUCGAGAGGCAACAAUCGUUCACAAUCCAACUGUUGGAGGUGCGGAAGCGUUUAUCACCGAUCAUCUGAAUGCUUUGCGAUCAAGAAGGACUGUCGAAUUUGCCGACAGUAUGGCCAUAUUGCUCGUUGCUGUCCAUCGAAUCAGUCCAGCCCAUUGGAGCAGAGAAGACCCUUAAAACGCCACGCAGAGGAAGAGGAGCCUACCGUAGAACGGAAGAUUGCCGCCAUCGAAUGUGCGAAAACGGAAGCUGAUCCAGACCCAAAGGUACAAAACAUUGAUGAUUUGGAGUAACAUGUUUUAUUGAAACAAUCUUAAAUGGAUUACAACUUGAAAGAAAAGUUUUAUUUGAAAUAAACUAAUUGAAAUAAAAGAAAAUAAAAUAUUGAUUUAAAUGUUUGCGUAUCAUUUUACAGGCUAAAACCGAUUCACAAGUCGCCGAAUCUGAUACACUAGAGGUGAACAACAUGCAGGCCACUUGUGGCCAUAGAAUUCCAAAUGCAACGAUUGAAGCAAAAGUUGCCGGGAUUGGAGUUAAAUUUCUAAUUGAUUCUGGUGCGCAGGUGAACACCAUUACAAAGGCAUCUUUCGACCUGAUUUUAGCCGAUCAGAACGCUAAGUCUCAAAUAAUUGGUCUGAAAUCCUCUUCUGACACACCAUUGAAAGCGUAUGCAAUGCCUGAACCAAUCAAAGUUGUCGCCAAUUUUUCCGCUGAGUUGUUCAUUUCGCACGAUAGACCAGUAACAGUAGAAAAAUUCUACGUGGUGGAUGAGUUCAAAGCACUUUUGGGGCUUAACACGGCGAUCAGAUACUCAGUCCUUGACGUUGGUUUAAAUGUGCCUAUACGACAGCAGAAACGGCACCAGUUUCAGCCCAAUGGACGCUAUAUUCAAACCGUUUCAACCAGAGAGUUUCCAAAAUUCAACAUUCCUCCAGUGUCGUUGAAGUAUAAUGCUAAUAUGCCGCCCGCUCGUAAUGUGUACACUCACAUUCCAAAAGCAUUCAAGGAACUUACGAAACAGAAGAUUGACUAUCUUCUAUCAAGCGGGAUCAUUGAAGAGGUCACUAUGGACAUGGAUCGUUCA